GUUGAUUCGGCGCCUCCGUCGACUCACCAGCUUCGUGGCUUACGUGCCCGGCAGACGGUGCGUGCCCUGCCGCCUUCAGUUGUUGACAGCGGGAGCAGGGGCCCAGAUGGGCAUCAGGGGUUUUAUGUGGGCGGUAUUCCUCUUCUCUGUCUGAUCUUCAGAGUCCUUCUUCUCGUCCAUCAAUCCUGUAGAUCUUUCUACGUACACUCGUUUUAAUAUUUGUCUUCCGUUAAUAUGCCUUCCUCAUCACUCGUUCUGAGCGUUGGCGCCCUCACUCUUUCCACUCUUCUUGCACCUGUCUCCGCCACUCUUUAUGGAAUCAAGGACUCUUAUGCCGGUUCGACCUUCUUCAAUGGAUUUACGUUCAUCUCUGACCCGGACCCCACUCAUGGAUAUGUGAAAUACCUCGACCAGGCUGAUGCCACAAACGCUGGUUUGGUCAAGACUGUGGGUGCCGCGGCCUACAUGGGCGUGGAUUUCACAAACAAAUAUAGCGCCUCUGCUGUAGGACGUCCUAGUGUCCGAAUCGAAUCGAAGAACACGUACAAUCAUGGUCUCUUUAUUGCCGAUAUUGCUCAUAUGCCAGGAUCAGCCUGUGGAUCCUGGCCAGCAUUCUGGUCUCUCGGAGACGGAACAUGGCCGGCGCAUGGCGAAAUCGAUAUCAUCGAGGGAGUAAGCAAGAACACUAAGAAUCUAAUGGUUCUUCAUACUGCGGACGGAUGCAGCGUUAGUAGCAGUGGCAUGACCGGAACCUUGAAUUCCCCCGUGUGCGACGUUUCGGUCUCUACCUCUGGAUGCAGUGUCACGCCCACGCAAGCAAACACUUAUGGGACCGACUUCAAUACUGCCAAGGGUGGUGUGUACGCCAUGGAGUGGACUUCGACCGCCAUCAAGAUGUGGUUCUUUCCCCGCACUGCUAUCCCUAAAAGCAUCACCACGGGCAACCCGGAUACUACCACCUUUGGCACGCCUACUGCCGCCUUCGCCGGAUCCUGCGACAUUGACACUCAUUUCAAGAACCACCGCUUUAUCUUCGACACCACCUUCUGCGGUGACUGGGCUGGCAAUACUUACGGCUCCUCUGGCUGCCCGCAGUCAAGCUCGGAUCCAAUCACGGCUUGCGUGAACUAUGUUGGACAGAAUCCUCUUGCUUUCACCGAAAGCUACUGGCUCAUCAACUAUUUCAAAGCAUAUACCGCCAAACCUGCUGUCUCUAGCACGAAAUCGUCCACGACGAGCUCGAAAACUUCUACUAAGGUUUCUACAAGCACGAAAUUAUCGACCACAACCAAGGCGUCGUCGACCGUCAAGACUAGCUCGUCUGUGAGGACAUCAAGCACUUCGGUACGUCAAGUUAGGCCCUGAAUAUCAGACCCCAGAAAGUUGGUUUCCUGAAUGCUUUAUCAAGCGAGUUUGAAUAGCCAGCCGGGUUGUAUCUCAAUCGCGC